CUCCGCUACUACCGCCCACGCCGCAACCAACUCUUCUUCCCAGUUCGUAACCGCAGCAAUUCGGACCGCAUCGGCUCGGUCCUGAGUCUGUGUGACGCCCGCGAACCCACCACCAUCACCAGACUACGCCGCCAACACAACAGCGGCUGCUGAUGAGACGGCGACAGCAGCAGCAGCAGCAGCAUGUCUGCAGGGCACAAUGACUCGAAUACAAUAGGCGCAUAUCGACCCAUUAGACGGAUACGACAGGCGUGUGACGCCUGCAGGCGCAGGAAAUCCAAGUGCUCGGGGGAGCGGCCCGUGUGUUCGUACUGCGCGAGGUUCCGCAAACAAUGCCGCUACACGUUGGACAAUGCUGCGGCUAUCGCUGCUUCUGCUGCGACGAGGGCAUCGUUUGGCAGUGCAGAGCAGGCGCGAUUGGAUCAACUCGAGGGGAAGCUGGAUUCGGUCCUCAACGCCAUGAGUAAGGGACAAAAUCCGACAGUCAGUCCCGGAAACUCUAGCACAGGCUCUCGUGAUGCCGUUUCACCAAUGUCGCCUUCUGAGUCGGUUGCGGACGAAUCGGACUGGCAAAAGAGUGUCUCCUUGCCAAAGAGCGCGGUCGAAGCCGUGGUAGACCGUUUCCUGUCCCAAGUAGACUGCCGCUCCGCCCUCGUGUUCCUGCAGGACUGUCAGCUCGGGCCCCUGCAGGACGAGGACCUGCUCUAUGCUGUCUUUGCCCUUGCGACUGUAUCCUCUGACCAGCCGACGAUACGGCAGACGGGCGAGGAGUGCAGGAACUCGGCCCUAUCCAUCAUCGUCAAGCGCAUCUCGGCGGGCAAGGUACAGGCCGCAACGUUGCAGGCUCUGUGUGUGCUGACCUACGCGGACCUCGUCUGUGGCAUGGUGGACCGGGCAGAGAUAUUUGCCUCCAUGGCCAUCAACUUGUGCGAGACAGCCGGCGUCAUCGUCGACGGGCAUCUCAACCACGACGUCGACUUCCCCGACCAGCUGCACGGGUGCUACUGGAGCCUCUACUUUAUGGAAAAGAUGCACAGCUGCGGACGCGGCGGCUUGCAGCUCCCCGGCGCAGAGAACAACAACAACGACGACAACGACGACGGCCGUCGUUGUGUCCCAACGUCAUACCGGUUCCGCUUCGCCAGCGACCUCCCCCGGCCGCUCAACGGGCCGGACAACUCGGGUCCUCAGGGCAACUACAUCUCGGUGCUCACGCCGGGGUCGCACCCCCAGUGUCCGGACCACGGCAUCAUGGCGUACGCGGCCAAGGUGGCCUCCGUCUGGGCCAUUACCGUGCGCUUCUGCCUCGGGCGGAACACGUCGGACAACAACAACGACUACUACAACAACAGCAACAACAACAGCAACAACAACAACAGUGACCUCCCGCCGUGGUCCCCCGGGUCGACGUUCGUCAAAAUCACCUCGCUGCUCGUCGAGCUCGAGACGUCGACGCCCGCGCAGCACCGCUUCCACUUCGCGCGCUUCGCCGACCGCUCCGCGCCGGAGCUGCAGCAGCACGCCGGAUACUGGGGGCUGUUCCUCCUGCAGCAGUUCGCCUACCACACCAUCUUCUGCCUCCUCAACCACCCGGUGCUCGUCUCGGUGCGCCUCCGCCGGGCGUCCGUCGCGGCCCCCUACUCGGUCAUCCAGGGGUGCACGGAGCAGCUGCGCAUCCACAGCGACUGGGUCGUGCACUUUGUCGACAUGCUCGCCGAGAGGGAUGGUGACGCGUCGUCGUCGUCGUCGUCGUCGUCGCCGUCGCUGACGAACCCGUUCCUCGGGUACGCGACCCUCAUCGUGGCGAGCGCGUGUCUGCCGCAGGCGCAGUGCAUCGAGCACGAGCCGACGCAGAGGCUGCGGAACAAGUUCAACAAGUGCGUCGAGUUUGCCCAGGGGCUGUCCAAGCACUGGCCGAUUCUGGUGAACAUGAUCAAGGUCGUGCGACAGAUGCAAAGCUCCGAGGGCUUGGAAACGACCCAGACCUCCUCUUCCUCAUCGGCACACCCGGGCUCAGACCUGGUCACGUUGCUGCUCAAGCUCCUGGACUACAAGUCUGUGAGUAGGUCACCCGAGUCCAGGACGUCGCUCCUCGCCACCUCGCUGUGCGCCGACGUACACGCCAAAGAGUCCCCUCCUCGUCCCGCAUCGACGCUCGCCCAUGCGGCCAGUCGGACGCCGCGGCCCUCCAACGCGGGACUGUCAUCCGCUCCGUCCACUUCCCUGUCGCCGGGCGCAGCGGACCACGGUGCGCUCGUGGCGUCGGGGCCGGCUUGGCCUUAUCCUCCCGUCGCAGGUGGCAGGGAGGCCCAGGCUAGGACGAACCGAAGCAUGGCGGGACACGCACAGGAAGUGUUCAGCGAGAUGCCCAUGACGGUCGACAUGUCGGAUGUGUCGCCCUGGCCAAUCUCGGGGGUGGAUCAGUCAGGCAUGUGGUGGUCCAUGGGGAGCCUGUAGCGCGCGGUUCAAUGUCCUUCGACGCUUGGUGUUCAUGUAUAUACCCAGACGGAGCGUGCAUAGUCCCGGGCGGUUCUUCUGUUAACAGCAUGUUCACCUUGUCCGUUAUAUCUAUAUAUCUGUAUAUAUAUCUGUUUCCAACGA